AUGCAUACCAAGCUCAACUGCGUUACCUCCCUUCCCUUCCCAUCUCACCGCACUUUUUUCACACGUUUUCUCUUGAAACCCCACCCAGCAGCCAUGGGCAAGUCCAAGACGUCGGGCAAGGGGCGGCUCGACAAGUUCUACUAUCUCGCCAAGGAGCAGGGCUACCGGUCGCGCGCGGCGUUCAAGCUCGUGCAGCUCAACCGCAAGUACCAGUUCCUCGAGAACUCGCGCUCGCUGCUCGACCUCUGCGCCGCGCCGGGAGGAUGGCUGCAGGUGGCGGCGAAGUACAUGCCGGCGGGCAGCGUGAUCGUGGGCGUGGACCUCGUGCCCAUCCGCGCCGUGCCGGGCUGCAUCACGCUCACGCACGACAUCACCACGCCCAAGUGCCGCGCCGACCUCAAAAAAGUCCUCAAGGGCGGGCUGCUGGACGUGGUGGUGCACGACGGGUCGCCCAACGUGGGGGGCGCGUGGCUCAGCGAGGCGCUGGGGCAGGCGGCGCUGUCGCUGCAGGCGCUGCGACUCGCCGUUGAGUUCCUCAAGCCGGGCGGCACCUUCAUCUCCAAGGUGUUCCGCUCGCAGGACUACAACGCGCUGCUCUUCGCCUUGAAGCAGCUGUUCGGGCGAGUGGAGGCGACGAAGCCGGUGGCGUCGAGAGCGACGUCGGCGGAGAUCUACGUGGUGUGCCACGCCUUCAAGGCGCCCGCCCGCAUCGACCCGCGCCUCCUCGACGCCAAGUACCUCUUUGAGACCGUGCCCGAGCCGCCCAAGGCGGUGGAUGUGCUGGCGGAGCCCAAGAGCAAGAGAAGCAGAGAGGGGUACGAGGAGGGGCAGAGUGUGGUGCACAAGCGCGCGUCGCUGCCCGACUUCCUGACCACCGACAACGCCGUGGCGUUUCUGGGAACCUUCCACGAGAUCACGUUUGACUUGCCAUUCGCCCAGCCCGUCAUCGAUCACCCACUCACCACCCCUGAGAUCCACGAGCUGUGCAAGGACCUGCGCAUUCUGGGCAAGAGAGACUUCAAGCAGCUGCUCAAGUGGCGCCUCAAGAUUCGCAAGGACCUUCCAGAGCUGGUUCGACAGGACAAGCGGGGGGAAGGGGAGGUGGAUGGCGCGGAGGAGGAAGGGGGGGAAGGGGAUGAGGGCGGGGCGGCAGAGGAGGGGGAGGAGGGGGAGGAGGCACGGCGGGAGCGGGAGGAGGCGGUGGUGCUGGAGGAGCUGGCGGAGCUGAAGGACCUGCUGGGCGCCAAGUGGCGCCUCAAGCUCAAAGCGGACAAGCGCCGCCGCGAGAAGAGCAAGGUGCGCACGGCGACGGGCAUGAAGGUGGAUGCGCUGGGCGACACUGACAUCGCCGCCGACGAUGAGCUCUUCGCCCUCACCGCCAUCAAGCGCAAGCAGCUGAGCGGCGUGGAUGACACGGAGGCACCGGAUGCAGAGGAGAUGGCGGAGAUGGAGAGAGAGGAGAGUGACGAGGAGGAGGAGGAGGAGGAGGAGGUGGGGGAGGGGAGUGAAGAUGAUGACAGCGAUGCAGAGAAGAGGAGGUACGACGCGGAGCUGGAGGCGUACUUUGACACGGCGUACGAGCACUACUGCAAGGCCACCGCCAGCAGCAAGCGCCGCAAGGCCCGCGCUCGCCUCAUGGCACUGGACGGCCAGGAGGAGGACGGCGAGGAGGUCGCCGGGGCGCAGGGGGGGGAAGAGGGGGGAGAGGAGGCGGCGCUGGUGCACAUUGGGGAGGAGGGCGAGGAGGAGGAGAACCCGCUGGUGGUGCGGCUGGGUGAGAGCAGCGCCAGCGAGCGCGUGCAGGCGCAGUGGUUCACCCAGGACCUCUUCGAGGGGCUCGACCUGGCGGGGGAGGCGGUAGAGGAGGCGCAUGACGGGACGAAGGCGAGCGGUGCAGGCGGUGGGGCGAAGAAAGGUGGUGCAGUGCCGCUCGCGGCUGGGAGGAAGGGAGGUGAAGGGCCUGCAAAAGGAGGGAAGGAGGAGAAGCAGCGAAGAGAGAAGAAAGUGAGGAAGGCUAGUGAAAUGGUGGCGGAGAGGGAGGAGGGGGAAGAGGAGGGGGAAGUGGAGGGGGAGGAAGGGGAGGUGGCAGACGUUGAUGACGGAGGAGUAACGGGCGUGGUCGGUGAUGGGCGGGGCGGAGAGGCAGCAAGGAAGAGCAAAGCUGGCAAGGUGAAGGAAUCUCAAACUGAGACGGCUGUGCUCCGUGGCACAGCGGCGGGAGGGGAGGACGACGGCGAGAAAGGCACGGGAAAGAGGGCGCGGGCGGGGAAGCAGGAGGAGGAGGAGGCGGGGUUCGAGGUGGUGCCGGAGGAGAGGCUGAGUGGCAGCGAUGGGGACAGUUCUGAUGAUAGCUCUGACAGCGACAGUGACAGCCGUGGGGGGGCACAUGGCGCGCACAGGGGGGGCAGGCAUGCACGCGCGGGGGGUGGGGGCGCUGCAGGGGGGCAUGGAGGGGGGGCGAUGGGGGAGGAGGAGGAGGAGUGGGACAGUGACAGCAAGGCGGAGACGCUGGCGUAUGCGAGGCGCAUGCUGAGAAAGCGAGAGCGAGACGAGGUGGUGGACGACGCGUACAACCGGUACAUGUUUGACGACGACGCCAAGGCGCUGCCCAAGUGGUUUGCGGACGACGAGCGGCGGCACAUGGUGCCACUGAAGCCCAUCAGCAAGGACGAGGUGCUCGAGCUCAAGGCGCAGUUCCGUGCCAUCAACGCCCGCCCCACCAAGAAGGUGGCGGAGGCGAAGGGCAGGAAGCGGCGGCGGCUGAUGAAGCAGCUGGAGGCGGCGCGGCAGAAGGCAACGGCCAUCUCGGAGCAGCCGGACCUGAACGAGCGGUCCAAGGGGCGCCUCAUGCAGCGCGCCUACAGCAAGGUGGCGUCGGAGCGGUCGCCCAAGAAGAUCGUGGUAGUGGCGAAGAAGGGGCAGCAGGGCAACCGCGGGCGCGGCGUGAAGAACAGCAUCAUGGUGGACCGGCGCAUGAAGAAGGACCUGCGUGCUGACAAGGCUAAUGCCAGAAAGGGCAAGGGCAGGAAGGGUUCUUCUUUCGUUGGCGGAAAUCUCAAUCUAAAGGCCGUCAGCAAACUGCAGUCUUCAGCGUUCGUUUCUAAGCGGUCUAACAAUGUCGUCGCCAAGGUUUCCGUUGGGAACGAGGCCCCGCCUCUGAGCCUGGCCGACCAGAAUGGUCGCGUGUUCGACUUGGCCAAGCUUAAAGGGAAGAAGAGCGUGGUUCUUUAUUUCUAUCCCGCCGAUGACACUCCUGGAUGCACCAAGCAGGCAUGCUCGUUCCGGGACUCCUUUGAGGAAUUCCGCAAAUUAGGUGCUGAAGUUGUAGGAAUCAGCGGCGAUUCCCCCGAGUCGCACAAGCUGUUCGCCGAGAAGUACAGCCUACCCUUCACUCUUUUGUCUGACGAGGGCAACGCUGUGCGCAAGGAGUGGGGCGUCCCCAGUGAUUUGUUUGGGGUUCUUCCUGGGCGUCAAACCUAUGUGAUCGACAAGAAGGGCGUCGUGCAGCUCAUUUUUAAUAACCAGUUUCAACCAGAGAAGCACAUCGACGAGACAAUUGCGGUGUUGGAGGCCCAAUACGAGGAGCCAAAACCGUUCUUCCAGUUUCCCAAGCUUUUCUGA